CUUCGAUUCCCAGCUCUUCCUCCAGUUCCGGCAUCCCAGGUCGAGCUGCACAAUCUGCUAUCUCCAGACCUCAGUGCUCCCCCCGGAGACGGAGUAAUCUUCCGGUUGCUGUGGAGCAGCAACGCAGACUAUUGAUCCUCGCCCUCUAGCGGUGGAGAUCACGGUCUUUACAUUCCAAUGCCGACUGCGACUGGGCCAGCGUAGACUCUGAGAACUGCCUAUCGCCGUCAUGUGAGGAGUAUAUUUGACAAAGCAGUUCCCCCUUGACUCGGUCCUGUCAAAGCAACCUUAACAACAAAACACCUGAAACCAUCAUGCCCCCCGCCUUCCUCACCCCGAAACCCCCCCUCACCGAGGCCAACCUCGCCGAUCAAUCCGGCAAGGUCUUUAUCGUCACCGGCGCCUCGUCCGGCUACGGCCUCCUCCUCUCGACCAUCCUCUACCAGCACAAUGCCAAAGUCUACCUGGCCGCCCGCAACGCCAAGAAAAUCGACGAGGCCAUCGCCGACAUUCGCGCCAAACACCCCAACUCCAGGGGCACCCUCGUGCCUCUGCAGCUCGACCUAGGCGAUCUCUCCACAAUCAAAAAGUCCGCCGACGAGUUCCUCUCCAAGGAGUCGCAGCUCAAUGUCCUCUGGAACAACGCCGGCGUGAUGUUCCCGCCCGAGGGCGCGCGCACCGCACAAGGGUACGAGAUGCAACUGGGGACCAACAACGUCGGGCCGUUCCUGUUUACCAAGUUGCUGUAUCCGGUCCUCGCGCAGACUGCUGCGUCGGCGACCCCGAAUUCCGUGCGUGUCGUCUGGGUUGCGUCGGAUGCGGCGUCGUGGGCGCCCAGGCCCCCAAUUGAUUUUGAGAACAUGGACUAUCGCCGUGAUGAGAGCGCGCGCGUGAAAUAUGGUCGGUCCAAGGCUGGCACCAUCAUGCAGGCUGCUGAGCUGCAGCGGCGCGCAAAGGGGGAUGGAAUCGUUAGCAUUUCCCUCGACCCUGGUGUCGCCGUGACCGGGCUGCAGCGCGACAUGGGCCGGUUGAUGGCCACCGCCGUUAAAUUCAUCGCCGGUAAACCCAUCACAGGCGCAUACACGCAGCUCUACGCCGGUCUGCACUCCGACCUGACCACCGAGACAGGCCUGAGCAAGUGGGUCACGCCCGCCGGAAAAAUCUCGUGCCCCCGCAAAGACUUUGUCGACGAGGGCGGGCAGGCCAAGAAGUACUGGGAGUGGAACGAGGAGCAAGUCAAGGCGUUUCUGUGAUUGACGUAUCGACUGAUGGAUUGAUGGGUUAUUCUGCAUAGUUUUGAUACCGUAGUAUACUUCUAAUUUGGCGUGCUUCUGCUUGUUCCACAUUUUCUAAUGCCUAUACCUAUACCAAU